AUGGACGACACGAGCGAACGUGAAUAUGCUGCCUUCUUGCAGAAGCCCGGCGAAGUGGAACGAUCCGCAUGUCGAUGUGAGGAUUCCCGGAGCCAAAGACCACGGAAGCUUAUUACAAUCCUCUGCGUCCUCACUGGCAUGUUGAUCAUGGUGCCCUUAACACUCAUGCUCAGGCCACCUCGACCUCACAAUGGACCCUUUCCGACAGAUAUGCGUUCUCUAAGUUUUGACCAGGAGGCACAAAUCAUCGUGCGUGUCAAAGACGCCGACGUGCAAUACUUUGGACCGCCUGAUCCAGCCAUAGAUCACGCGUGGGACGAACUGCUUCGAGGACGAUUUGCAGUAAUGCGACCGGACGAAGCAGCGCCGUACCAACCAGAGCUGAAGCCUUUCCCACGUACUGGACAGUUUUACUUUGAACCCGACAUGGCGCAUUCUCUGCACUGUAUGAAUGCUGUCCGGAAGGAGGUUUCGAAGACGCUCUACAACACCACGCAGCUGCUUGAUGCUGAUGAUGUAGUGGAGCAUGUGUGGCCACAGGGUUACAAAGAGGCUCACCUCGAGCACUGCAUGGACCGUAUCAUGCAGGCCAUCAUGUGCCAUGGCGACCUGACACCGUCACCACUAUACAUAAUGGACGGAUCCAAAUUUGCCAUAGGGCGAUCCGGGGAACACACUUGUCGAAAGUGGGAGCCGAUUAGACGUUGGCUGGACCAUCGAGGAACGCUGGGUGUGUUGUGA